ACGAAGUCCCGAGCUGCCAGAGCCGCCGCCGCCGUCCUACUUCCGGCCCUGGCUCCGCCCCCACCCGCCAUCGCAAUGCAUUAUGGGCCGCCGUUUCAGUCGGUCGACACUCACCGGACAGGAAGCGUCUCGGAGACAGUCUGCGACCGGACGGCUGUAGGUGAGACAGAAACCAAACAGGAGGAGGAAGUGGAGGGGCUGAGCUUUUGAAAUACUUCAACCAUGACGAAGAGAGAAGCAGAGGAGCUGAUAGAAAUUGAGAUUGAUGGGACAGAGAAACCAGAGUGCACAGAAGAAAGCAUUGUGGAACAAACCUACACCCCAGCCGAAUGUGUAAGCCAGGCCAUAGACAUCAAUGAGCCAAUAGGCAAUUUAAAGAAACUACUAGAACCACGACUACAGUGUUCUUUGGAUGCUCAUGAAAUUUGCCUGCAAGAUAUCCAGCUGGAUCCAGAACGAAGUUUAUUUGACCAAGGAGUAAAAACAGAUGGAACUGUACAGCUUAGUGUACAGGUAAUUUCUUACCAAGGAAUUGAACCAAAGUUAAACAUCCUGGAAAUUGUUAAACCUGCGGAAACAGUUGAAGUGGUUAUUGAUCCAGAUGCCCACCAUGCUGAAGCAGAAGCACAUCUUGUUGAGGAAGCUCAAGUGAUAACUCUUGAUGGCACAAAGCACAUUACAACCAUUUCCGAUGAAACCUCAGAACAAGUGACGAGAUGGGCUGCCGCCCUGGAAGGUUACAGGAAAGAGCAGGAGCGUCUUGGGAUACCCUACGAUCCCAUACAGUGGUCCACAGACCAAGUCCUGCAUUGGGUGGUUUGGGUAAUGAAGGAAUUCAGCAUGACCGACAUCGACCUCGCUACACUGAAUAUUUCUGGAAGAGAACUAUGUAGCCUCAACCAAGAAGAUUUUUUUCAGCGGGUCCCUCGGGGAGAAAUUCUCUGGAGUCAUCUGGAACUUCUUCGAAAAUAUGUAUUGGCAAGCCAAGAACAACAGAUGAAUGAGAUAGUUACAAUCGAUCAACCUGUGCAAAUUAUUCCAGCAUCAGUGCAGUCGGCUACACCAACUGCCAUUAAAGCUAUAAACAGUAGUGCAAAGGCAGCUAAAGUACAGAGAGCUCCGAGGAUUUCAGGGGAAGAUCGAAGUUCUCCUGGGAACAGGACAGGGAACAACGGCCAAAUCCAGCUGUGGCAGUUUUUGCUAGAACUUCUUACUGACAAGGAUGCUCGAGACUGCAUUUCUUGGGUUGGUGAUGAAGGAGAAUUUAAGCUAAAUCAGCCUGAACUGGUUGCACAAAAAUGGGGACAACGUAAAAAUAAACCUACAAUGAACUAUGAGAAACUUAGUCGUGCGUUAAGGUACUAUUACGAUGGGGACAUGAUUUGUAAAGUUCAAGGCAAGAGAUUUGUAUACAAGUUUGUCUGUGACUUGAAGACUCUUAUAGGAUACAGUGCAGCAGAGUUGAACCGUUUGGUCACAGAAUGUGAACAGAAGAAACUUGCGAAGAUGCAGCUCCAUGGGAUUGCCCAGCCAGUCACAGCAGUGGCCCUGGCUACUGCGUCUCUGCAAACAGAAAAGGAUAACUGAGCCCAGGACGUUCUGGGAGUCCAAGGUUUUUCUUAAAUAUUAGAGCAAGUAUUGCUCUUACCUUUAUUACUGAAUUUGAAUCUUCUUUUAUUUCUAGACUGUACAUGCAUGAUUUUUUUAUAAAUAUUUCAUACUCUUGUGAAUUUGGAUCUUUUUACUUUGAGCAUAUAUUUUAGAAAAUGUGUACAUGUUAAAGGAUCCCCACAGUGUCUUUAGGCAGGUUCAUUGUGGGGUAGUUUGUUAACAGUCAGGAAAGCUACAGUGGUCAGUAUUAAUGUCUAGCCCUACCAAAAACAGCCAGUAGCUUCGAGGAUGGGAAAUAAAUGAAGUAUCUCCAGGAAACAGUCUGGCUUAACUACUUUUGAAAAUGUUAACUGUUUCCCCUCUCUGCUGCUUUAGAUGUUGCUUUACAUAGAACCAGAAAAUGGAACUUUUCACAGCUAAAGCAUGUAUGCCUGUUUCAUCUAAUUAAGCAGAGCUAAAGUAGUCAUAUCAAAUAAAAUUAUAAUAUUAAUAAAUUACUAAACUAAGAGUAUCACGUUAUUAAAGUAAUUUAUAUAUUUGCAAGCAAAGGACAAUAAACACACUGGCAGAAGAGCAGUGCCGAAGAAGGAGAUCCAGGUUUAAGUAUGGCUUUACUCAAGCCAAUUUUAAGGACUUACUGUAUAGAUUAUUCAUAAUGUCAGGCCAAGAAUUUAAAUUAUUAUAAGAGAGGCAUUAAAUUCUAAUAAACCAACUACUACAAAAAUUCUAAAAUGAUCUCUGUUUUUCCUGUCAGAGAUUUAAAAAACUGAAAAAGUAUACCUCAACCAGAAAAUAAAAGUUUAGUUUGGUUUGAUAUGGCUUCUUUUUUUUUUUUUUUUUAAUUACGCUGUAGUGCUGGUUUGUUGUACCAAACAGCUUAUACAGUCUUGUGUUUCUGAUGAAAUGAAGACUUUAAAUCAGUCAGCAGUAGUUUACCUUUCAAGACAUUUGUGAAUUACUUGCACAUAGUUUUAAAAGGAGAUUUUGACCUCCAGUAUAGGCAGUUCUCUCUUAAAACAAAAUUUUCCAUUUGAUUUUUCCUUAUGAAUAUUAUAUAUGUGGGAGUGUAUGGAUAUGUAUGUACAUGUCCAAUUGACCAUCUUAUAUAUAUAAAUAUAUAUAUAUAUAUACAUGUACACACAUAUAAAUGAAGACAUAAUGACAUUCAAAAGGAAAGAUACUUCAAAAGAUAAUAAUUCAUGUCAAAAAUUCUUUAAAAAGUAAAUAAUUCUUAAAAACAUGAAACUUCACUUAACCACCAGCCAACGCUAAACAGAAAUGGCUAGAUGCCUUUCUUUUUCGCUUGCUUGCUUUACUUGGUUUCCUUGCUUCCUUUUUUUUCUUUUCAUUUUUAAGGUGUUAUGCACGAAUCAUGAUAUGAGAUACUGACAAAUAGCUUUUAAUCCUCUUAUAGCAGAAGAUUGAUUCUCAAGUAUUACUUUAUGUACCUUCUCCCUCAUCAAAUCCAUCCCCCUAAACAGCUUUAUGAGAAGAGCUCAUUUAAUGCUUUUGACUAACGAGGAGGAAAGGGCUGUGGUGAUGCAGGCAGAGUGGCGUUGUUCGUAGUUGCUGUCGCCAGUACUAGGUAGUGGUUUGGAAGGAACUUUAGGAGGCAGGGAUGUCAGGAGCGAGGAGGAGAGGAAGGAAUCUAUGCCCUCCUUUUCUGGUCACCUCGUCAUAAUAUUAAGUGUUACGGUGUAGGACUGCAACCACAUGUAAUGUCAGCCCAUUUCUAUUACUGUGUUAAGACUAACUCUUUUAAGACCUUGCAGUAGAAUCCAAAAAGAAAAAAAAGGUAUAAUUUCCAUUUUUACCUUUAUGUAAACACACAGAAUAAACUGGCAAAGUACUAGUUUAAGUUGGAUGCUAUGAUUGCAAGAGUAUCUGAGUAGAAUAGCAGUACGAAGUAAUAUAUAGAAGUUCUAGUUUCAGAUAACAAAUAGGUAGCUGAAAAGAAGGUUUUGCACCAUCCUUUUAUGGCCUGGGAAGUUGACAAGUUACUUACAGUUUAAAAAAAAAAGUCUACUGGUGUAUUAUCAAGAACUUAAAAUUAUUGACUUUUGGAUUUAAAAUGCUUUGGGGGAGACAUUACGUUAAAGUUUUAGCCAAGAUGACAUACCUCUGUUUUGUCUCAACUACAUGUAUGUGUAUUUUUAAGGCAAGAAACAUCCAUAUUUGUUUUUGAUCCCUAAGAUCAAACUGUUACGUCUUUUUUCCUUUAAGCAUUCCUCAGACACCUUUUCUAAAAGAACACAUUCUGUCCAUUUUCUUCCUUUUGCAGUUUUAAUUUUAUUCCUCAUUAUCAUUUGAACAGAGACAGUUCUCAUGCAUGAUCAGGUGCUGUUUCUUUUUUCUUCUUUGCCUCUCAUCAUUAUUUUUAUGAACCGUAAUACAGGUAAAGUAAUGAGAUCACUUUCUCUAAUUGUUUCAAGAAACCGGUUACUUUGCCUCAACUUACAUAUAAACUAUUUCCAUUGUCCUUACUGAGAUUACAAUGAUCAGGAAGCCAAGGAGUCUUCUUUUAUUAAAAGAUAGCUUGGGUUGUGAAAGAAAAUACAGUUCAUGCUUUUCAUUCUUUGCUCCAUUUUUAUGAAUGAACUUUCAUAAGAGAAUUUGUAGUAUAUUCAAAGGAAGAAUAAAAUUAUUGGUCAUCUUUCUAUACCAUGUAAGUACAAUAAUAAUGAACUGUUCAUUUUUGCUUUAAAACUUUUUUUUCCCCACACGAGAGUCUCAAGUGAGCCAACUUUCAUACCUGUCUUACUAGCCUUACGUUUGGAAAUUCAUGUUGGCAUCAGAAUAUCAAACGAAUUAGGCAGAAUUGCUGUGUGGUUUAUCAUCACAUGAAUCGACUCACCACAUUCGUCUUUGUAACGAUCCAUGUCAGUGAACUAGGAAAAACUGUUGAGUUGUUUUUCUCCCCUGAUAAAUGGUGAAACUCAAGUACAGUAUUUCUUUAAAGGUUGUGCCUCUGAGUAUUUUUGAUGAGGUCUGCUGUUUUUCAUAUUCAUCAUUUAUGCUACUGCCUUUUAAAACUAAUGUAUCUUUGAAAUAGCACAAAAAAUGUUUUAAAAUUCAUAAUUUCAGAACAACCUGUGACUUACUUAAUGUCUUCAUAUCUAGAGAAUAUAAAAAUAUUGAUAUUUCAGUAAUAUUUCACUUGCUGCCAGAAAAAAAUAUUCUCAAUCUUUUGUAAGAGGGAGGAGGAUUUUUGCAUACAUUUUUACUCUUUAAAUAAAGACACUUAUACUGUCAUAAUAACAA